CCUGAGACCAGAACCACGUGGAGCAAUGUUAAUUCUCUUUGAUUUCUAUGUUUCACAAGGACAAGAGCAAGGACUAAGUGAUGGGGAAUCAUUCCAGUGCCACAGAAUUCUGCCUUCUAGGUUUUCAUGGAUCCCAAAAAUUACACCAUAUCCUCUUUACUAUAUUUUUCUUCUUCUACUCAGUGACAGUAAUGGGAAACUUGGUCAUCAUCAUGAUUGUCUGUGUUGAUAAGCAUCUGCAUUCCCCUAUGUAUUUCUUCCUCAUCCACCUCUCUGUCCUGGAGACCCUAACCACAACCAUUGUUGUUCCCGUGAUGCUCUGGGGGCUGCUGCAACCUGGGAUCCAGACAAUAUCACUGGCUGCCUGUGUUGCUCAGCUCUUCUUGUACCUCGCUGUGGGGACUACAGAGUUUGCAUUACUGGGAGCAAUGGCUGUGGACCGUUACGUGGCUGUCUGUAACCCUUUGAGGUACAACAUCAUCAUGAACAGCCGCACCUGCACCUGGGUAGUGAGCGCAUGCUGGGUGUUUGGGUUCCUUUCUGAAAUCUGGCCAGUCUACACCACGUUUCAGUUUACCUUCUGCAAAUCCAAUGUGUUAGACCAUUUUUUCUGUGACAGAGGACAAUUGCUCAAACUAUCCUGUGAUGACACUGUGUUCACAGAGUUCAUCUUCUUCUUAAUGGCUAUUUUCAUUAUUGUUGGUUCUUUGAUCCCUACAAUUGUCUCCUAUACCUACAUCAUCUCCACCAUCCUCAAGAUCCCCUCAGCUUCUGGCUGGAGGAAAGCCUUCUCCACCUGCGCCUCCCACUUCACCUUUGUCGUCAUUGGCUACGGCACCUGCUUCUUCCUCUACAUGAAACCCAAGCAAACUCAGGCAGCCGAGUACAGUAAGAUCGUUUCCCUGCUGAUCUCUGUAGUGACCCCUUUCCUGAACCCUUUCAUCUUCACCCUCCGGAAUGACAAAGUCAAGGAGGCCCUUGGCAAUGAGGUGAAACGCUGCUGUCAACUCCUCAAAGACUUGCUCUUUUCUGAGUCAGUUUCAGGUGGAACAGUCCUCAUUAUGGAUUAUUCUAAGUCCUCAGUCCCCUCCCCCCCAUCAUUAUCAUCACUGCAGAACCCACCUCAGGUGUACAAAUCCCAUUCAGGUCUUGGAAGUAGACACAGUAGGUAAGAGGAGACCCAUUCUCUGCCUACUAGAAUCUCACAGCCUUAGUUUCUGCUCGUGGCCACAGUUGAACUGAAGAAGCACAUCCUGGCAAUGUGGGAGGAAUUAGAGGAAAGAGACACAUUGUGUAGUAUCCUAUUUUCCCAAUCAAUUUGCUGAGCACCACCCCUGAACAUGUAUUUCAGGUUAGGUAGGAGGCUAGAGGGAGACGGUGAGCUAGGUCCACACUGAAGGCGUGACAGCAGACUGUUCACUCAGUUCCUUCAUCGGUCAUCGCUAGGGCCACUCUACAACGUUCUGCUAUUUAUUGACCAGGUGGCCACAUGCACUUAGAAAUGCCCUAAAUCCCUCUUUUCCUUGUCGUAUGCCAUAUUAUCCUGUACCAUUGAUA